CAAUUACCUAGUGUCUCAUUGGUAGUCAACCUUGGGAGGCGCUACACAACCAACCCGCCACACACAUAUCUAGUUACCUCGUUUUCGACUCCUAUAUAAAACCAAACCAAACCAAAUUCGACUCCACCAUUUCAUCACCAACCUCAAUCCUGUUCCAUACUUUCACUCCACGUCUUCAACUUCAAAACAACCCAGUUCCCGAUGGCAGCCAAAGAACCAGAGAUAAUCAGAGACAAGGACCAAAUGAGGAACUGGUCAAGGUCUAUGAGAUCCCAAGGCAAAACCAUAGGCCUCGUACCCACCAUGGGCUACCUCCACGAAGGCCACCUUUCCCUCAUCAGACAAGCCCGCACCCACUCUGACGUCAUCGUCGUCUCCAUCUACAUCAACCCAGGUCAGUUCUCUCCCUCCGAAGACCUCUCCACGUACCCUUCGGACUUCCAUGGCGAUAUCCAAAAGCUCAAGGCUGUUCCUGGCGGCGUUGACGUUGUUUUCAAUCCUCACAAUCUCUAUGACUACGGAACCAACACGAGCACGUCGGUGAGUGAUGGUGAAGGGGCAAAACCGGUAUCUUGUGUGGAGGAGAAGGGGUUGGGGCAUGAGACUUGGGUUAGAGUUGAGAGAUUGGAGAAGGGUAUGUGUGGGAAGAGUAGGCCGGUGUUUUUCAGAGGGGUUGCGACUGUUGUCACCAAGUUGUUCAACAUUGUGGAGCCUGAUGUUGCUCUGCUUGGGAAGAAGGAUUAUCAGCAAUGGCGGAUUAUUCAGCGAAUGGUUCGGGAUCUUGAUUUUUCUGUUAGAGUGAUUGGUUCUGAAGUAGUCCGUGAAAAUGAUGGCCUAGCAAUGAGUUCACGGAAUGUGCGCCUCUCACCUGAAGAACGGCAAAAGGCACUAUCUAUAAACAAGUCACUAUCAAGUGCUAGAUUCUCUGCAGAAAAGGGUCAUAUUAGUUGUAAAGAAUUAACAUAUUCGGUCAUCCAAGCAAUCAAUGAAGCCGGUGGAAAGGUUGAUUAUGCUGAGAUUGUUGACCAAGAAAGUUUGGAGCCAGUUGAAGAAAUAAGAAGUCCUGUUGUGUUCUGUGUUGCUGCUUGGUUUGGAACGGUCAGAUUGAUAGAUAACAUGGAGAUCAAAGUAUGAAUCUGAUAUCUUACACUUCUAAGGAACAGUUCCACAUGUUAUAGUUUUUUUUUUUUUUACCCUUCCAUCGGAACGUUUCUCAUGUUCUAAAUUACAGUAAAAAGAAAAAAAAAAGAGGAACGUUUCUCAUGCCGUUUUGUUGUUAUUUUGUAAUUGUUGGAGACUUGGAGUAGCUAAAACAGAAGAUUGCUUUAGCUCUUGUUUGGAUGGGGCUAAAAACAGUCCAGGGAAAAGAAAAAGAUAAAGAAAUCAACAAUAAGCUAUUCUAAAAUGCUUCGAUGUCCUACAAACCUUUGCCACUUCCAACCAGUUUCUGCACAUUCAACCAAAAAAACACCAGCUUCUGCACCCAAUUGGGGGAUCCCCCAACUCCAUGAAUCCCGACUAUUAACUGGAGGCCAUAAAAAAGGUCAUAACAAUAACUCCUGAUAAAGAGUUCUGUACUUCUGUUGUUGGAUAGCUCUUAACUGAAUUUUCCAUAUCAUCAGCCAAGUAUGAGCUUGAACAAUUUUCCAAAUCAUCAGCGAAGUUUGGCACCCUUUGUAUAGAUGGAGUGUUAAGUGUUAAGUCCUAAAGCUUGAGAAGUAGGUGGUUACAUUUUUGUUGGCAGGAUGGUUAUUCAAAGGUGGAAAAG